UAUUUGCAUGAAGUACGUUCUGCAGCUCAUUUGAGAGUUAAAACUGAAUCUCACUCUCAAAGCGAAAGAUCAUCCAGAGCAGAGGAGGAGAGCGCGGGGAAUCAGCGCGAGAAGAACACUCAUGUUAUCGCGCGCGUGCUGAGCAACAACGCGUGCUGAAAAUGGAGCUGCCCGCAGCGGGUGAGCACGUCUUCGCGGUGGAAAGCAUCGAAAAGAAACGUAUUCGAAAGGGAAGGUUUGAGUACCUGGUCAAGUGGAGAGGCUGGUCUCCCAAAUAUAACACAUGGGAACCAGAGGAAAAUAUUCUGGACCCGAGACUCCUCGUCGCUUUCCAAAACAGGGAAAGUCAAGAGCAGCUAAUGGGUUAUCGCAAACGAGGGCCCAAAUCAAAACAUCUUAUCAUGCAGGUGCCUUCAUUUGCUCGAAGAUCCAGUGUUCUUACAGACCUCCAGGAGGUGUCUCAGGGUGAUGAUAACCAACCCAAAACCAUCCCAGACCUGGUCCAAAGCCAGCAAUACCAGCUUAACAGCAAGAAGCACCAUCCCUACAAGCCCAACCCAAAAGACAAGCAGGGAGAGGCACGAACAAAUGGGAAAAAGAAGCACUACUACCAGCUCAACAGCAAGAAACACCAUCACUACCAACCCAACCCUAAAAUGUAUGACUGUCUGUAUCAGAAUGUCAGAGAGACCAAAGUGCCUGAGGGCUGGGACAUAUCUCCAGCUCUACAACAGAAAUGGGUUCAAGAAAAGAAUUCUGGGUGCCUCACUAAGGUGAGAAAUAUUACGAUGGAGUUGAAAAAGCUUCCAGCUAAACUAAAUAGUGGUGCAGACUCAAACGUGAACACAAAAAGUGAUACAAAAGAGGACACAGCACCAGCCAAUGGAAUAAACAGCAAGUUGAAAAUAGUAAAGAACAAAAAUAAAAAUGGCCGCAUUGUCAUUGUCAUGAGCAAGUCCAUGGAAAAUGGCACCCAGGCAGCUAAAAUUAAGAAGGGAAUGGCAGAUGCUGUGGAAAAAAGACAAUCACGUGAUUGUAAGCCUAAUGGAAUGAAUGAGAGCUUAGAGAAGUUAAAGCACAACAAGAAGCAAAGUCUCGAGAAGGUGAUUAAAAAGGACAGUAGUGAGUCUGCCCCUCUUGGGCUUUCCGAUGCACUAUUAUCCUGUGGAGUGGACAAUUCUGAUAAAGCAGACCCAACAGUGUUUGAGCCGAAUGACUCAGAGAAGCUCUGCAGCUCUGGAGAUUAUGCAUCUGAUGAUCGACCAUUGAAACUGUCAUCCAAGCCUAUUCAGACUCCAGUGACCAUUGAGAAGGGUAAUCCAAGUGGCAACCAGUCUACCCAAUGUGGUCCUCCCACCUUCCCUCUAAAGCGUUGUUGCUCUGACCCAGAGAGUGGCAGGGGGGAGGCCAAGAUGUUCCGGAGUUCUCGGAGUAUAAGUGCUCCACAUACUGAUGUCUCUCAUUCUUACAGCUCCACCAUGCACUUCAAUGGCCAUCAACACUAUUGUGGACAUGACUUUGAAAACCUGGACACCAACCAUGAUGAACCCAUAGACCUCAGCUGUGUACGGUCAAGAGAAGAGAGGAAGGUUUCUACACAUUCUCAGAUUGGAAACUCUAUGCCAACAAGGAAAGAAGCAUUGUCCACACCAGAACGGGUAGAAGAAGAAACAGAAAUGGGACCAAAACGUGUUCAAAGCUUUACACCUUUUCUUGGGAAUAUAAUAAUUACAGAUGUCACUGCAAACUGCCUCACAGUGACAUUUAAGGAGUAUGUGACAGUUUGAGGAAUAUGUUAUGGCAAGUCUAUAAAGACUACCCACUGUUUACUGUGAAUUUGUACAAAUGUAAAGCAUGUCUAAUCUUUAAGUCCACAAGCCUGCGUGAAUAUUGUGAAACAAUCUUCUAGUGUAAAGUUUUGAUAGUCCUCAGACUGCAUAUGAUUGAACUGAAUUAAUUUUUGAAUUCACACUUCUAACUAUUCCAUGUUAGGAAUAGAAAAAAUAAACUGAACAGGUUUCCUGUUAAUAUAUUAUAUAAUAUUACUUAGCAUCAAAGCUGUUUGCAAUGCUGCAUUUCAGAAGGCUUAUAAUAUAAGAAGCACUUACAUGUAAUACUGAGAAACAUUUCCUACUGAUGUCUUUUAUAGUCUUUGUUUCAAAACAAAUGACACUCAAAAUGUAUGUUAUUUAGCAUAUUAA